CCACAAAUCCCAAUACAUAAUCGUUACAGAGGAUCACUAGCGUAUAGGUUGCAACGAUGAGCAACACCGGCAGGAGGCGGACCACGAGCCCCAUAGCUCCUUCCCCGAUCUCCUCCUGGUCCUCUUCCGGCUCCCAAGAACCGCGGUCCUCCCAGCUCCCCCACUGGAAGUUCUCCCAGGUCCUCGGCGAACUGCCGCCGGCGGCAGGAGGCCAGCACAACGGUGCUCUCCGAGAUGACGCGGAUGCAAUCUCGGCUAUCGAGUUCGACGGCCGGGGCGAGUACCUGGCAGCCGGUGACCACGCCGGACGCGUCAUCCUCUUCCGAAGGACCGACGAAGACGACACGCGGUCACUGGCGGAGAUGGAGCGCACAGACUACGCCGGAGCACCGCCGCCGAGGUACAGCUACGUGACGGAGUUCCAGAGCCACGAGCAGGAGUUUGACGUUCUGCACAGCCUGGAGAUCGGCGAGAAGAUCAAGAGGGUGAGGUGGUGCGCGCGGCCGAACAGCUCCCUGUUCAUGCUCGCAACGAAUGAUCGCACCGUCAAGCUCUGGAAGGUCUCCGAGCACAAGGCGAAGAAAGGGAACGAUCAGCCGCGACGGGGCACUCCGGCGUUAGCUCUGCAAGAACCAUACUCUGAGUGGGCAGCCAAAAAAACGAGGAGUUUGUCUCCAGACCCUGCGGAGCAUUCUGAACAGGUGGGUGAUGUCGGCGCUGGGUACUCUACGAGGUGUCGGAGAGUCUUCGCUCGUGCUCACGAGUACAACAUCAACUCUAUUUCGAACAACUGUGACGGGGAGACGUUCGUGUCCGCGGACGACCUGAGGAUCAACCUGUGGCACCUGGAUGUCACGGGCCAGUGCUUCAACAUCGUCGACAUGAAGCCCGCGGACAUGGAGGAUCUCGUAGAGGUUAUCACCUCGGCCGAGUUCCACCCGUCUUCCUGCGGCCUGCUGGCGUACGGCAGCUCGAGGGGCCUCGUCCGGCUGGUCGACCUGCGGCUGUCGGCGCUGUGCGAUCACGUGAGAAUAUUCCAAGAUCGCGAGAACCGCAUUCAGCCUAAGACAUUUUUCACCGAGAUAAUCUCUUGCAUCACCGACUUGAAAUUUACUAGCGAUGGAAGUUAUCUUCUAGCUCGCGACUACAUGAAUCUCAAGCUCUGGGACUUGCGCGUGGAGAGCGCCCCUGUCGCCACUUACAAGGUGCACGAAUUCCUUCGUCCAAAGCUGUCGGAGCUGUACAACGACGAUUACAUUUUCGACAGAUUCAACUGCUGCGCAAGCAAGGACGGGAACUACUUCGCUACCGGAUCUUACAGCAAUACGUUCAAAGUUUUCUCCCGUAGUGCUGCAAAUACGAGCGGGACUGCGUUGGAAGCUAGCACCAACCCUUACAGGAUACAAUCAUACACUCCUACAAAGCUUCCAGCGCUGCUCAGCAAUCUUGCUCUCGGAGUUCACAGAAAAGGUCAGGAUGGUCCAAGAUCAGACGGCAGGGAGGAAACUCCAUGCAACAUGGCAUCAAAGGUGACACGCCUGGCGUGGCACCCGACGGAAAACUUCAUCGUUUGUGCAGCCAAUAACAGCUUGUACAUGUACCAUACAUAGGCACACACUCGUAUAGUCGUAUCAUAUAGAGAGAGUACAAAUUACACAGAUGCAUUUGUAACUAUUGAUGCAAAAAAAAAAAAAAAUGCUUCGCCAGGUUACAGUGCGUGUUUCGAGCACAGUACUGAACUGCCCUGUACAAGAUCUACAGCAGAUCAGAGAAAGGAAAAGACACUCUUGAAACCAAAAAAAGACUCCCCGCUCUCA